AUGGCCCUUGCCUUCAGUGUCGGUGCUGCAGGUGCCUCCAGGCAACCUGCGCCUCACGCAGCCGGCCUGCCUCAGACGCUGCCAGCGAAGGCAGCUGCUUCAGCACCUCAAGGUUCUGCAGUUCCGCGGCUGGCAGCAGCAGCCGCGGUGGCAGCCCUGGUGAGAUCCAAGUGGGGCAAGGUGUGCAGACACGCCAAUGCCACUGCAUCUGCUGCUCAGGUGCCUGUGCAGCCUGCUUGGAAGGGCACGCCGCCGCGGCAGUCUUCGCUGCCCUUUCGGCCAGAUGGGCGCAUAAGCUACGAGUCCAUCGACCAGAGCCCAGUGUCGCAGGUGCUCAUGGGCACUGUCAGGCACCUCCUGGCUACGUCAGCUGGUCACGACAGCCCAAAGCCAGGAUAUGAUGGAGUCAUGGAGCUGGUGCGAGAAGUGAACGACAUGGAGGGCACGGCGAAGGAGUUGCAAGUGCGAGCCCGGAAAGUCUUUGAAGGCAUCCUGCCGAACCUUUUCAUCGGCUGGAUUCCACCUCUCUGGAAGAAGUAUUUCCAGCCCAAUGCACCUCAGUGGCUCAGCAACUAUUCCUUCUUCCUCGUUUUCUACUUGCUCUUCCCGUGGCUCAUGGGGCCCAUGGAAGGGGAUGACCACGUGGAUGUCGAGGUCCCUCAGAGCUGGCGAAGCGUACUGCCUUUCUUGCCGGAGUCAGUGCGGGUUCCGCAGACGGUCAAGGCAGAGAGGUGCCGAUUCCUGGAGAGCGCGAACUGCGCUUCCGUCUGUGUGAACACCUGCAAGGUACCCUCGCAGGGCUGGUUGACUGACGACUUCGGAAUGAAGCUGCAUAUCCAGCCGAACUACGACGAUUUCAGUUGCCGCUGGAAGUUCGGAGUGGAGGCGCCGCCUUUGCAGGAGGAUGAGGCUGUGAUGGUGCCGUGCUUCACCACCUGCCCCUCCGAGUACAAGGGCACGAAGGACGCUUUGAGCAUGCGGCAGAAGCUUCGUGCUGAUGCAGAGGCAGCUGAGCUGGAGGCAUCCAACGACCAUGGGAUGAAGCCGGAAGUUGAUCUUGAGCGCAAAGGGCUUUCGGACUACGGCACGACCAAACUCCCAAAAUCCAAGUCUGGAUGGGAAUCGGAGGAGCUGUUCCUCUUGACGGGUCUCGUAUGCAUCAUCUUCAGCACUAUCGCUUCAACCUACUACUACUGGGCCCUGCUGCCUGCGUGGGAGGCCGAUGAAUCCCUGGGGUGGACGAAAUCCACGACGACGCUCAUCAGCUGGAGUAGCACGGUGGCCGAGGCUGUCGGACUCCUUGUGGCGGGGCCGCUCUCAGACUACAUUGAGCCUCUCCAGCUCAUCCUCUUCGAGACAUGCCUGGCCUUGAUCGGGGUGUACGUGAACUCCCAAAUCGUGACGACUGCCGAGGGCCUUGUGCUGAACGUGUUCAUCGUUGCCUUCUUGAAAGGCAUCUUGUGGCCUGCAGUUGGAGCCACGGUCUUCAAAAUGAUCCCUCGGGAAAAGCAGGAUAUCUUCAUCUUCUGUGGGGCGUUGGCCAGUCGAUUCUCAGGAUCUUUUGGUGAUUUUUUCAUCGGCUUCCUGUUGAACUUCGGAAUGAGCUGGCGCUCUUCCUUGCUCUUCGUAGUUGGUAUAGACUUUACGAUGGUGCUGGUGACCUUGUUCUGUCUUCAGAGGACCGGCUUGGAAAGCAACUUUGCGCUUCGACGCGAUGGUGCCGCCGAUGCCGACCCCGAUGCCUCGCCCGUUUGGACAACCAACUACAGCAUCAAGUGGCGUCGCCUGAUCUUCGACGUGGGGGGAUGGCUGGCCCUGCUGACGCUGGCUGGCUCGGGACAAAUCUACUGCUUGCUGAGUUAUCUGGCCUUGUUGCUGAAAGAGCACUUCGACCUCAACAGCGGCCAGGCCGCCAUGGGAGCCUCCUCUUUGAUGUUUGGCAUCUUCCUUGGCCUGCUCUCAGCAGGCCUGGUUUCAGUGUACCACGGCAAGGACAUCGGCCGCAAGUUCCAGGUGUGGCAGGGAGCGAUUGGUAUCCUCUUCGCUUCAAUACUCUGCAUUUUCCCAAUGAAGAGCCUGCUGCUGACAGAGCUCUGUCUGGCCUUCACCGGCAUUGGAGCUGGACCUUUCUGUUAUCUGCCAUACUGCGCAUACAGCUCUCUGGUGCCGAAGUCGCAGCGCGCUUUCUGCAUGGGCGUUAUCGAUUGCCUAGCCCAGGCGGUGCAGGUCAUAGUGAGGGCGUACUUCGGGCAACUCCGAAUUGUCCAACCGCUCCGAGCAGGCUUUAUCAUGUACGACGUCAUGACCGUGGGAGUCUCUUUGAGUGUUGUUGCGGCCGCGCUGCUCUACGCACGGCUGCAGGGAGACGGCGAUGAGGUGGGGAAGUUCGGAACAGCUUCCGGGUGCUCACGUUGGUUCACUUGGUACUUAAGACACCUACUUCUGACCAAAGGCGGUGCAGGCAGGGACCUGCAAAAGAAAGCUGUAAGCAAUAUCAGCAUGCUAACUUCCCAGGCCGCAGGGGAGCGCAGGGAUGGAGGUUUGCAUUCUGCGAUCAUUGAAGAGCCGCUGAAGAGCUGUCGAUCCGUGGAUGGCUUCAUGACAUCCAAGGGCAGACUCCGACCGCCCAGCUUUGCAGAGGAUGGCUCUGCCACCACAUAUCGCUAUGGAGUCUGCGCCAGCUUUCCGGUCCCAUGGGGUGCGGUGCAAGUGUACCGGUUUGCAGGCUUCCGAGUCAGCAAGACUACUUUGCAUGUUUUCUUCGCCUUCUUUGCAGUUGCUGUGCUGACAUCUGCUCAGACCGAAAGUGCAGUGGCAUUCCGCACGGUGCAUGGGCAUAUGCGGAGGAAAGACUACGAGAAAAAUCUGAGAAGCGCGCUGAUCAAGAGAUUCGAACGUCCUGACCGCUACGAGAAAGUGGACGUGCUUGAGCUAGCCCUGCAGAGCUCCGAGCAGGCCGCCCAAUACGAGGGCUUCGUCGAUCGAGGCUAUCGAUGGAAGGCCAAAGAUCCAGCAAGUGCCAUCCAGGACAUGAAGGAAGAGCGCCGCAUUGAGGACCGGCUGACCCUCUGCAGGAUUCAUGAGCUGGCCUCUGGCCUGCGACUGGGAAACGAGUCAGGCGUGACGAUCCGGAGGACGGACGGAAACGACGGGGAGGAGGACUUAAGGAAGGCGCUGCCCAUCGAGGUGCAGAAGACAGUCCUCGAGCGACUUGCCGCCCAGAGGCUUCGCAAGGCACCCACGAGGCAGGCUCAGCAGGCCGAUGGGGGCAAACGAGGACGUUGA